UUGUUGUUAGUGCCACUACUGCACUGGUAUGAAUUCAGAGACCUCAUUUUCCCACUGUUUUUGAGUAUUUGAGGGAUCUUGAUUUUGAUACUAUAUAGUGAAUGGUGUAAAUUUUAGUUAGUUAAGCUUUUGGUGGUAGUGAGAAUUCAGAUGUCAAUAGUUUCACCCCCUCCAAGUUCUUCUACAUCAUUUGCAGCUCCACCACCAACUGCUUCUAAUUCUCCAGCACCUAUAUCUCAGCCUAAUGAAAGCUCAUCAACUGUUGCAUCUCCACAAUCUGCUCCUCCAAUAGCAUCAGCACCACUGCCUCCAACAAAUAUAACAUUGCCUCCUCCUAUAGCAUCAUCUCCACAGCCACAACCUCCACUUUCUACUCCAAAACCUCCUGCAGGAUCUGCUCCUCCAAUUAGUCCUCCACCUACACCGUCCGGUCCACCUGCUACCUUAACACCACCUCCAUCUACUAGUCCACCUGUUAGUUCACCAGCACCUCCAUCAUCCAACAUACCAACUAAUCCACCAUCACCACCUCAACUAAAACCAACUCGUCCUGCAGGUUCACCUCCAUCACCAUCGAUUCAUCCCCCUACAUUAUCACCUCCACCACCUGUGCAAAAUCCGAAACCUCCUCCAACACCGCGAUCGCCAGGGAAUCCACAAUCACCUUCACCGCCUUUGUCCAAGCCACCUGCGAACGCACCUCUAUCGAAGCCACCAAAAAGUAAUCCACAUUCACCUUCACCGCCUUUAUCCAAGCCACCUGCGAACGCACCUCCAUCUAAGCCACCAAAAAGUAAUCCACAUUCACCUUCACCGCCUUUAUCCAAGCCACCUGCGAAUACACCUCCAUCUAAGCCACCAAAAAGUACUCCAGAUUCUCCAUCCUUAGUCCCUCCGAAAAAUUCACCCCCUUCACCAGCUUCAUUACCUCCUAGUAAUUCACCAUCUUCUAGUUCCCCCCCUAAGGACUCAUCCCUACCAACACCUACUGCACAAUUGUCGCCACCUCAACCUACUCUUAGUCCUCCUUCACCGUCAUUUCCUUCAGGCCACAAUGACACUACUACUUCCAGUAACAGUUCAGCGGACAGAUCAAAGGAUGCAGGUGAUGGAAGCAUUGGUACUGGAGGGACCAUUGCACUUGGCAUCAUACUUGCAUUUCUGUUGCUUAGUAUAAUUGGAGCAGCAGGAUGGUGCAUAUGGAAGCGAAAGAAAAAGGAUUCAGGCCCGAGUGAUGGUUAUAUCUUGCCAGUCACUCUGAUCUCCUCUCCGAAAUCAGGUUCUGCCUCAUUAAAGGUCGGAGAAUCAAUACCUGAAAUUGGAAAUGGAGCUGACUCCAAUAUUGCAGACGGAAACACUGGUGGAUUAGGGCAUUCAAAGCCAUGGUUUACUUUUCAAGAACUAGUUGAAGCUACUAAUGGAUUUUCGGAGCAUAAUCUAUUAGGCGAGGGUGGAUUUGGUUCUGUGUACAAGGGAUGCCUAGCAGAUGGGAGAGAUGUAGCAGUAAAGAAGCUUAAUAUUUUCGGGAGCCAGGGGGAGCGUGAGUUCAGAGCAGAAGUUGAAAUCAUCAGUCGGAUACAUCAUCGACACUUGGUCUCACUUGUAGGUUAUUGCAUUUAUGAGAGCGGAAGGCUCCUUGUCUAUGAAUACGUCCCCAAUGAUACCCUUUACUUCCAUCUUCACGCACAGGGGAGACCCGUUAUGGAUUGGGCAACACGUGUUAAAAUUGCUGUUGGUGCAGCCCGUGGAAUAGCUUAUCUGCAUGAAGAUUGCUGUCCUCGCAUCAUCCACAGAGAUAUUAAGUCGUCUAACAUUCUUUUGGAUAACAACUUUGAUGCUCGGGUUGCUGAUUUUGGAUUAGCUAAAUUAGCCCAGGAUGCAAGAAGUCAUGUUACGACCCGUGUUAUGGGUACGUUUGGAUACAUGGCCCCUGAAUAUGCAUCCAGUGGAAAGCUGACUGAAAAAUCCGACGUAUUUUCCUUUGGAGUUGUGCUUCUGGAGCUAAUUACUGGACGGAAGCCUGUGGAUACAUCUCAACCUUUGGGAGAGGAAAGUCUAGUUGAGUGGGCUCGACCUUUGCUUGGUGAUGCGCUUGAAAAAGAGGAAUUUGAUCAGUUGACAGAUCCUCGCCUUGAGAAGAACUAUGUUGACAGUGAGAUGUUUCAAAUGAUUGAGGUCGCUGCAGCUUGUGUGCGUCACUCAGCUGCAAAGAGACCAAGAAUGGGACAGAUCAUGAGAGCUUUUGAUAGCAUGCUUAUGUCUGAUCUGACAAACGGGAUGAAAGUUGGUGAAAGUGCAAUAUAUAACCCUGCUGAGCAAUCUGCACAAAUAAGAAUGUUUCGGAGGAUGGCAUUUGCUAGUCAGGAUCUUACUUCAGAUUUUUCCAGUCAAGGCACCCAUUAUAGUAGCGAGUUGGCUGAACAUGUUUAGAGGAUAUACUCACUGUUGUAUGAAAUCUGUUAAUAUAUCAAAAGCUGCUUAGCUGAGAGGUUCAAUCAUUAAGUUUUGUAAGUAGGUCUUUUUUUUGGCUGACAUACAUGUAAUCCUCAAUUUUGAUGGCAAUUUUUUUCUGUAAGUAAGCGGAUAUUUUUAUUGUCA